AUGCAAGCAGCCAACCGCCUUCAAAGGUCCCUCAAAGCAGGGCGCCCGUCCUAUGGAGGAUGGCAGAUGCUUCCAGGGACGAACCUCACCCGAGUCAUGUGUCGAUCAGCAACAAAUAUGGACUGGCUUCUCGUCGACCUCGAGCAUGGAAAUAUAUCCGAUCACUCUAUGCACGAAAUCGUCGCCGCAGCAGCCGCUUGUAGUGUUUCACCAAUUGUGCGCGUCGCGGAGGGACGCCACUGGAUGAUCAAACGCGCAUUGGACUCCGGAGCACACGGUAUCCUCGUCCCAGUCCUGGAGACUGUGCAAGAUGCGAAGGAUGUGGUACAGGCGUCCAAGUUCCCUCCGAUGGGCACGAGGGGCUUUGAGCCUCUUCUUGCGGUGGAGAAGUUUGUUGAGCAGCACCCUCAUGGUGGUGGUGUUAGGGAACUCACUGGGCGGGAAUACUUGGAUCAAGCCAAUGAUUCGCUCGUCAUCGCUGUUCAGAUCGAGACAAAGUCUGCUCUAGAUAAUGUGAAGGAGAUCGCCAUGGUACCUGGCAUUGACGUCCUAUUUGUUGGACCCUUUGAUCUGGGUGUUAGUAUCGGUCAUCCUAUCACUGCUGGGAAAAUGGACCAGGAGCUUGUUGAGGCUAUUCAAUUGGUGCAGGAAGCUGCGCAGGCUGCAGGUAUUGCUGCAGGUAUUUAUUGCGACAGUGGCGAGGAUGCAAAGGAGUGGGCUAGCAAAGGGUUCUUUAUGAACAGUGUGAUUACUGACAUGAUUGGGCUUCGGCAGGUGGUCAGUCAGACAUUCAAGUCUGCCCAAUAG